AUGCAUACUGCACUAUGUAUUGCUGCUCUGGCAGGCCUUGCUUACUCUGCCCCUCAAUUGAUCAACCUGGAUGAAAUCGCUUUGGAUUUUGCGAAACCGGUCUUGGUCAAGGCACCCGUCAACGUUGUCUCCAACAUCCCAGCACCGUCCAUUGCCCCCGCAAUCCUUCCCCUCCUGAGCACAUCAGCGAAGAAGCGAGACCUUGAGGUGGAAAAGCGAGAUGGCGACUGCUCACCUUACCCUGCCGGGUCCGGACCCGUUCCCAGCCCGGAUACCCCUGCUGCUUUCCAGUCAGACCCCGACUUUGCGAAUAUGGCCAACGAUGCUCCGACUCCGGACGGAUAUGCCGUGGUGUUCAACAACCUUGGUGCAUCCCUGCAGGCUUCCAAUUACAUGGGUCUCUACACCCUCACUAGCUAUGACACCCUGACCUGCGCUUCCUAUUGCGAUCAAGCAUCUGGUUGUUCCGCCUUCAACAUGUACCUUGAGCGCGACCCCACGGUGAACGCCAACGCAGUGAGCUGCCCCAACCCGCCAAGCACGACGAACUUCAAGUGCACGCUAUGGGGCGCUCCUGUGUCAUCAGCAGAGGCAACCAACUCAGGGCAGUACCAAGACUCAUUCCAGGUAGUCAUUGCUGGCUCAAACGCUUAUAACAAAGAUGCCCCACCACCUGCCGUCAGCGGCUACGUUGGUCCCCAGGAACUUGGCGGAGCGAUCAAUGCUCCAACCAGCUCGGGCAGCUACAUGGGCUACCAGUACUUCCCUUUCAGCCAAAGCCAAGGCUACGACCCACAGACGUGCGCCGAUGCUUGCGAUGCUCAAACGACUUAUGAUAGCCAGCACCCAGCAGCUGACGGGAGCUUUAUGUCAUGCGUAUUCUUCAAUGCUUACGUUCUUUCCGAGAACGCUAUCCCACAAGGUCUCUACUGCUCCAUGUACAAUGAGACCUGGGGACCCUCGUACGGCACAAACUACGGCCAGUACCGCGGUUCUGACCGUUAUACAGUGUCGGAAUCCUACAGCUACACCAAGGGCUCGUAA